UUAGCACAAUCAAUGUGCUGUAUAUUUUAACCUGAUUACUUUUUUCUGUUAGAUCACAGAAAAGUAGAGAACUCUUUAUCCCAAUUGCAAGAAAUGUGAAAAUUUUUCCAAAUAUUGAAAUUGAAAUAUUGUAAGUUCAUAAAGUUGGUAAUGGAUGGGUUUGUCCCAGAAGCGCAAGCAUUACUUGAGCUUGAAGAUAAUGCUGGUAGCAACCCAAGCAGAGACAAUUAUGUGAGUCCACUGGCUUUAUCCCAACCCACUCUUCCCAUCCAGCAUUAUGAUCCAGCAGGCACCUACAGGACUCCUCAUAAACCUUCAGCCAAAAAGAAUUAUGGCGGAUAUUGUGAAAUUUGUAAUCUGAGACUCAACUCUUACACACAAUCCAAGAGUCAUUAUGAGGGCAAACCUCAUGCCAAGAAAGUCAAGGCCGAGCAGAAGAGGAAGGAGUCUCUCUCAUCAGACGGCACUACUGACAAUGCUCCCCCUCCUUGUAAAAAGCAAGCACGAGAUGAGCCGGUGUCGAGGCUGUACUGUGAGCCGUGCAAGUUGACUUUCACGUCAGCAGCUCACGCCAAGGACCAUUACCUGGGCCGCAACCAUGACCGAGUGCUGCAUGGCCUCAAGCCUUUCCAACAGGGCUAUUUCAACACCACCACCAACAAGUGGCAGAGGACGCCUCCUGACCCCCGGCUGUCAGCGCAGCUGCUGUCCUCUGAGCCGCCCACCGACAUCGAUGGCAAGCCCACCCACACGGAGAAGCCCAGAGUGCGUGGCAAGUUUCACUGCGAGUUGUGUAACUGCGCCCUGACGUGCGACCAGCAGCUACAGAGCCAUCUUGCUGGGGCGCGCCACGCUAAGCUCCUCAAGAAGCAGGAGGCCUUGCUAAGAGAAACGGAAAAAUCGGGAGAGGAGCCCGAGGCAGCGGCCGCGGCUAACCUUGCUCUGCGCUGUGAAGUCUGCAACGUUUCCUUCAACUCGAUCCUGCAACGACAACAGCACAUGGACUCUAAAAAGCAUCGCGUCAAGGAAUCCAAACUCGAGCGAAAACAAGAGGCGGAAGAAGAACAGAAAAAAGCUAAACAGAAUAACCCAGAGAGUCGCCACUCUCUCGAUAUAUCGUCCGAGCUUGUCACUUACAAGCACCUGAAAAUAUUACCUCAGAUGUAUGCCUCACCAUUAACUGUUUUUAGCACAGAUAACUACACGUCUCAAAAUUCGAACUCAUCCACUCCAGAAAGCUAACAUUUGUCGAAUGAUAAAUGCCCUGACUAUCUAUUUUUAUUUAUUUAUAGUUCAUUACUGUUAGCAUUUGAUGUGAAUGACUGCCUUUUAUUUGGUCGUUAUAGUGUUGGUGGUCGUUAUAGUGUUGGGUGUAAUGUAGCGUGACAGAAAUCUGGCAUUUGCUGAAGACGAUGCGCGACCAAUGUUUUUGAGGUUCCUCAGUCACUGUUUUGUCGGGAAGCCCCUAUCCAGCGUCGAGGCUUCCACCUUAGCGGACCUCGAAUUCCGUAGAGGAUGUCCUUUGCCGUGAAGGAACCGCCCCGUGCCGAGUGACAACAAUGCAGGCGGGCGACGGUGGUAACGAAAGUUUGUUAUAGUGACGUCAAGAAGCCUGCCAUGUGUUAUAGUAACGUCAUGAAGCCUUUUCUGUCAUGCUGACUCGUGUACGAGUUUGCUUCCUGGUCUCGCUGUUGUUCCACUCGAAACAAUGUCUUUAACAGCGCUUCAAGUUGUUCACGUUGCCGUGGAGCCCAUCUUGUGCUGCCAGUUUAGGUUUAUAAUGCCAUCUGUCAAGUGUUGGGUAUCAUUAUUAACUUUCCGUCAUGUAUCUCGCUCGUUGGUUUUUCAUGUUCAACCUACGUUGUUGACAAUUCACUACUAUAUUAAUUGUCGAGUUGUUGUCCCAAAGCUCCGAUGAAUCUCAUAUUUUAACGGAAAUUCCAGAACGUUCAUUGUUAGCUUUUGAAUCGUAUCUCAUAAGCCUUACGACUGAAAGUUUUUUACAGUUUGCACUGUGGCCAAUACUUGAGUCUGCUGGCUGACCUGAAGAGUUAAGAGGCAAGAGUCCAUUUCAAUCCUCCUAAAUUUCUACAUUAGAUUCCUAAAAGACGCUGAAGUGAUGUGAAAUUAUUAGAAGGUUACCUUACCUUUCUCUUUUAACUUUAUUGUGCAUGUUAAUCAAAUUGUAUUAGUGAAAUUUAUUGACAUUUUUUGUUCAUUUUACUGGACCGUGAAUUUUACCCCUGCGCUUUGAGUUAUUUUUUUUACCGAAAGCAACAUUUUUACAGGUACAAAUUUAAAGACCAAGUUUUCCGCUUGCUACAUGUUCGUAGUUUCUUUUUACAUCUGAUAUUGAAUAUUCAAUCUUUUAUCCUGCUCAUUUGUUCCGGAAACAAACCUGGUUCGGCAAAAGUGGUACGUAAUACAUGUUUUGAAUUUACCACGGCACCCCUAAUCUUCAUUCAUUUUCAUCCGCCAUGAAAAGAGUUCCUAGAGCUGCUACAUCAUGAAAUUGUGUGUCCUGCUAGUUAAUAAUUAUUUCAAUGCAGCUGCCGGCCGUGCUUACUCUUCAUUGCCUAAAACUGCUUGUUCCGUGAUGGUUUUGUCGAGAACAAGGCAUUGGUGUCUCUGAUGCGCCUCUGGAUCCUUGCUAUAUUCUUUUGUGAAGUUUUCUGCGCCUCAAUUAAUGUUUAAUUCAAUAAUCUGUCAUGGAUUAUGUAUAGUAACAGGAAUUUUUGUGUUAAUAUAAAUAAACAUAAAACAGAUCAUCUUGUGAAACGAAACUCACUGUUUAUUUCCCAUGUUUCUGAAUUUAAAUACCGUGCAAUCCUAGGUAAUGUCAAUAGCAAUUAAAGUGCACAAGUUUGUAUUAUAUAUAAUGCAUUCAUUUAUACUUCUGUAUUCAACGUGAUAGCUUCGAUUAGAUAUCACAUGAAAUCAUUAUGCCGCUGAGCUUUAAUUGAAUAAAUCUUGUGCUAGGAUUUUUAAAUUCAUUGUUAUGAGAAAUCACUGUCAAUCCGAUACGUGAAAACCUGUGCCUGCUAAUUCUUACCUUUGCAUUAGCAUUUUUAUGCCUUUCGUGACCGCUAUUGAAAACGCUUAUUCUUAUCACGGAAAAAUUUUAUUUUAUUAUUUUUUUCUUUUCAUCGUCCCGCAAUUCAACUGUGGAGGCAAGUAUGGGACACUCGCUCCACUCCUGCCAUUGGUGAUAUCCAGCGUAAGGGUACGCACACAGUGGAAGCAGAUUGCCAGCGUGCUGGUUA